AUGGUGACAGACUUUGAAGCGGUGACCUGGAGAGGGUUUCAGCGAGUCUUUCCGGCCGUCCAGAUCAAGGGCUGCCCCUUCCAUAUGAAUCAGGCGAUUUAUAGGAAGGUGCAGAACUUGGGUCUGGCUACGGCUUAUGAAGAGGACGUGGGAACACACAGAUUCGUCAAGAAGCUGAUGGGUUUGCAAUUCCUCGACGCAGCUCAUAUCAGGCCAGCCUUCAUUAAGGUGAAACAACAGACUGUGACGCCGGAUCUGGUCGCCCUCUGCGACUAUUACGAAGCAACCUGGAUCCGAAGCACCGUGUGGACUGUGGCUAAUUGGAGCGUUUUCGGGACGGCCGACCUUGAAAGCUGGCACAAGCGCUUGAAUCAGCUGUCCGGGCGACGUCACCUACCCUUCUACAGGCUGCUUCCCCUCCUCUUCAGAGAAGCUGACCUACUGCCAUUACAGAUUCGACUGGUCGCAGACGGUCAGCUGGACAGAAGGCAACAUGCUGGUCAGCGGGCCAAGUCCGAUAAGUUUUUCAGAUUAUGGGACGAAUUCCAGGCCGCAAAUCUUACCGUGUCCCAGCUGCUGAGGGUGGUGUCCAAGUUGAAUGGACCAAUGGUCACUGAGUGA